GAUAAAUAAUAAAUCUAUAAUAUUAUAGUAUCGUUGUAUCUAUUGUACACAAUCAUAAACGAUUGAGGAAAAUUAAAAUUUGUAGAGUGCCAGUAGGUAGGUAGGUACUUGAAUUUAUAUUUUAGACCCGGGCCAACUGUAACCCUUGUGGUAUUAAUAUUUAUUUUAAAUCAUAAAUUCAGUCAUAUCACGGAAUAAUCACUUUCAUUAUGGUUUCUAUGGUUUCUAUGCCAUGUAUGCAGUUUACUUUUUAAUAACGAUAUUUUUGUUUAUACCAAUAUUAUAAUAUGGCAUUGUUGAGUUAUUCUAUAAGAUAUUAACAUAAUUUAUAAAAGUAAGCAAUAUUUUUGUUUACACGUUACUUACACAAAUUACAUAAUAGGUACUUGAAUCUAACACAAGUAGAAUUAAACGUUAUAUAUUAUAUAAAACCAAAAAUAAUACCUACCAUGUUAAAUUGGUGGACGGUAUCAUAUUAUGUGCACCUAUAAUUUAUUUUUAUCUUAUUCCCUAUGCUAUAUAGAUUAAUAUCUCGGUAGAAACUGGUAUUAAAAUGAGUACUGUUGAAAAAGUACUUUCAUCAGAAUUAAAUUUGGUGCAGUUCGAUAAUCCAAAAAUGAUAGCUACCAAAUCUAUGCCAACACUUUCAACACAGACUAAACAAGAAAAAUAUUGUAUGGAAAGUAAUGUUAGCGCAAUGGAAUCUGGAGACUAUGUUGAUGAGGCUAAACAACAUAAUUGUACAUACGUCUUAAAUAGUAUAUUACCACGAAAGGAAUGGGAAAUGGACGGUAAAAUAUUUUCUCAACAAAUAUCCAUUCAACCGGCCACCAAGCGAGAUGUGAAAAAUCUUGUUGAGAAAUUUGACACAUAUUUAAAAGAAUACAACACCAAAGUGGUGGGGAUUUGCCCGAUUAAACAAGAAAUAUACAGUCAAUGUUUUAACGAAGUCAUAAGACAAGUUACGUUGAACUGUACGGAACGGGGUUACAUGUUGAUCCGGAUUCGCGAUGAACUCCAGAUGACUAUCGAUGGCUAUAAAGAAGUGUAUGAGAGUGCAUUAGCUCACGGGAUUCGAAAGUCAUUACAGGCUAGUAUUAUAAGCCCGCAACUAAAACAAAUAUUAUAUCAAGUUGACUAAUUAAUAUCUAAAUAUAAUAUUAUAGUAUUAUGAGUACCUAUUGAGUUUUCUAUCUACACUCUACAGUUUAAAUACAUUAAUAACGUAUAUAACGUAAUGAUAAGUACGUAUGUGUGAGUAGUGUUAGUAAAAUAAUUUACUCUUAUGGGGGUG